AUGGGAUCACUUGGCGUAAAUGGAUCACUUCUCCUUCUAAUUUCAUUCACUGUUCUCUGUUUUGGUGAUUCUUUAUAUGAUGCGAGUGAUCCGAUUCUCGAGCUAAACAUUGACACAUUCGAUAAAAGCGUCUAUGGAGAGAAAAAAGCCUUCUUCGUUGAGUUCUAUUCAUCAUGGUGUGGUGCGUGUAUCGCCUACGCUCCAACUUUCAAAAAAUUUGCUAGAUUAGUGCAAAGCUGGAAACCGGUUGUGCAAGUGACUGUGGUCAAUUGUGCAGAGGAUAAGAAUAUGCCGCUUUGUAGAGAGCACGAGAUUCACGCUUUUCCGACUAUCAAGUACUUCAAAUACAACAGCAAGGGGAAAGAAGACAUGCAACUUUAUCAAGGCGACAAGUACAAUAUUGGUCAACUUUCACUGGAUUUGGCUCAAUUGGUGAAAGGAGAUGCGGAGGCUCAAAAACCGUCGGAAUGGCCAUUGUUGGAUCCGGUUCCAGAUACAACUUCUCUGGAUGAAAUUUGGCAAUCGACAACAACGAAAUUCGUGUUGUUAGUAUCAGAGAAUGAGCCAAAGAUGGGAACAGCAGAAGCAAUCAACUUCCACGGGGAUCGUCACGUGAAAGUUGUCAUUGUGAGGCCAUCAAAUCCAGUCGCUUCAUCGAUUUCUCUCUUUGCUGGGAAAGCAGCUCUUCUCCAAAGAGGAACUCCGAAUCCCGUUUGGAUUUCAGGCGACACUGUUACUUGGGAGCAAAUCCAAGAGAAAGUCAACGAGUUGGUUUCCGCUGAGCCGGCUGGACAAGUCGUGGAACCAGUGCUGAACCAACCUCGCGAGAUCAUCUCCUCAGUCGAUUUAUCUCAAUAUCAAGUACAAGCCGUUGAUCUUCAAUCGGCUCUCGGUUACAUGUUGUUGAAAGAAAUUGUGAGAAGAGAAAAGAUCUCUGGACCAGAUUUCGAAGCACUAAAGCAAUGGAUUCACGUGUUGAAAAAGUACUCUCCUGGCACCGCUCCAAUCCGAAGAUUAUUACAUCGAUUAGACGAAUGGAUCCAACUGAAACAAUUCCAAGUGACUGCUGAUGAAUGGACACAGAAAGUCAACGAGUUACAGUUGGAUCUCGGGAAUCCCCUUCCAUCGACACCAACAUGGUUAUCGUGUCAAGGAUCAAAGAGUAAUCUUCGAGGAUACACUUGUGGAUUAUGGACUCUCGGACAUGCGAUCGCAGCUCAAGCCUACAAUCAGGAGAAAGAUAAUUCCCUUUUCUCACCUGUUCGAGAAGUCCUCGAUCCAUGGAAACAAUUCAUCACUCGUUUCCUCUCAUGCCAAGAAUGCGCUGAGAAUUUCGAAAAAGAGAGCACACAACACGGGCUCUCAUAUGUGACAAGAAAAGAAGACAUGGUUAUGUGGCUAGUGAAAGUGCACAAUUCGGUCAACAAGCGAUUGUCCGGUGCCGCCGCUGAGGAUCCGAAAUUUCCAAAACGUCAAUUCCCACCUAAAGAGCUUUGCGCUCAUUGCUACAAUGCAGCUGGAGACUUGGAUGAGACAGAGACUUUCAAAUUCGUUCUCGCUUACUACACGGAUAUCAGAACGGAUCCAGUAGAGCCAGCUCCUGCCUAUCAGAUGAGUGAAUUUAAGGGUGGAAAGCUAGAGAAAGUCGCCAAUCGACAGCUAAAUCCGAAAUUCGCGGUGAAUGCUAAUCCGGUUGAUGAUCUCGAGGCUGAGGAGGAGAGGAUGAAGAAAUUAGAUAGGAAUCCACAAAGAGAAUGGAGGAGUCUAGAUGGAAGCAAUUCUGGCUUCACUCCAGAGCAAUCAGAGCGCACUCAUUUCUACUUUUUCCUCCUUUCUUUCGUCGCAUUAGCCGUUUUCAUCGCUUACUACAAAUAUCGACAAAACAAAAGCCGUUUCUGGAAACAAUUCUACUACAGUUCCGACUUCAAAUUAAAGCAAAACAUCGCU